UCACUAUCCAUCCCAAAAUACAAUACAUACAAUAAUUAUAAUUAUAAUUUAAAAAAAUAAAAAAAGGAAAGAAAGAAAUGGUACAUCCAAUUGCAGAAGCUAAUGAAACAAGCCCUUUUGGCACUCUCACUCCUGACCAAUUCUACGCGCGUCACAACAUCACUCACACCACCCAAUACAUUACUAACCCAAGAGGCCUCAAACUCUUCACACAAUCAUGGACCCCACUUCCACCCACCAAAAUCAUUGGCAUCAUCUGCGCCGUCCAUGGCUACACCGGCGAGUCUAGUUGGUUUAUUCAGUUAACCUCUGUUCAUCUCGCCAAAGCCGGUUUCGCGGUUUGUGCUAUUGAUCAUCAAGGCCAUGGAUUUUCUGAUGGCCUUCAAUAUCACAUUCCGGACAUUACCCAUGUUGUGGAUGACUGUAUUUUGUUCUUUAACGAUUUUCGUGAGAAACACGCGCCGUCGCAGGACUCUCACGCGCUUCCUGAUGGUACGAACGCGCCGUCGUUGCCGUCGUUUUUGUAUUCGGAGUCGCUUGGUGGGGCGAUUGCGUUACUGAUCACGCUCCGACGUGACGCGGGAAAGCCGUACGAUGGGUUGAUACUCAACGGGGCGAUGUGCGGGAUCAGCGACAAGUUCAAACCACCGUGGCCGCUGGAGCAUUUUUUGUCUGUUGUCGCUGCAGUGAUUCCAACGUGGCGCGUGGUUCCCACGCGCGGUUCCAUACCCGAAGUUUCCUUUAAGGUAGAGUGGAAGCGGAAGCUUGCAAUGGCGAGUCCGAGGAGAUCAGUGGCGCGUCCACGCGCGUCGACAGCGCAGGAGCUGUUACGGAUAUGUCGCGAGGUGCAAGGGAAGUUUGAGGAGGUGGACGUGCCGUUUUUGAUUAUACAUGGUGGUGACGAUGUUGUGUGUGACCCAGCGUGCGUGGAGGAUUUGUAUCGACGCGCCGCUAGUAAAGAUAAGACGAUGAAGAUAUACCCGGGGAUGUGGCAUCAGCUAAUUGGUGAAGCGGAUGAUGACGUGGAAGCUGUGUUUGGUGAUGUGGUUGAGUGGUUGAAGACCCGAGCUACACGCGCCACUGCUGAUGCUUAGAAUGGUUAUUGUGUUUAACUUGUGAAAUUGAUAAUUAAGGAGUUGUAAUAAUCUUUGAAUUAAUGGUUAAUCCUACUUUCUAGAGUAGACAUUGAAUA